AACCUGCGACGAUUGAAUGCAUUCGCCCAUAAACGGUUCAUUCGACGUAAAGAGUGCAAACUUGCAAAGUGACGGUAAAAUACUCUCACCAGGUAUGGUACCGACCUGUUACGGUACUAUCAAACCAGGCCCCUACUUGUCUUGAGAAUUACGAAACAUUUUACCAUUUCGCGUCAACAAUCUUGGAGCUUGUGAAAUGUUCGAAUAAUUUGCGCGUUCACAAUGCCUUGCUGUGGUCGAAAUAGUGACAAAAAUGUCGUGGCAGUCAAAAAAGGCCGAAAGUGCGUUACUUUUCUAUUCAGUUGUUGUAUGUUCUGGUUCAUAUUAUGUGUGAUAUUAGUGACUGUGUUGGUGUUUGUCGGGAAGCAUUUGCUGUACAACACUAUGGAAUCAGACUAUCAGGGGCUGAUGACCAAACCUACAAGCGCGAAUGUUUCGAAAAUCGGCGAAAUCAACUACUUCCGACUACCGAAUGAUGCUAGACCGUACUUGUACAAUUUGACUAUACUGCCGUUCCUGGAUCGGGAUUAUUUCCACGGGCUCGUGAACAUUUCCCUCCGAAUCACCAACCCGAAAAGUGAGCUGUUUUUGCACAGUAAAAUGCACACGAUUUUCUCCGUGGAUUUUAUGUUCGAAAAUCGGAAAAGCCUGCAAAUCUUGAGUGUUACCAACAACAACAAAUACGAGGUGUUGGUGAUCACCACGAAGGAGAAAAUUUUUCCCGGGAAUUAUUCUCUGGCCAUUAAAUAUAGGGGGGUGCUGGAAAAGUCGCUGGGUGGCCUUUACAAAAGCAGUUACGAGAGUGGAAAUCAAUCGAGGACAAUUGCCACUUCCAAGUUCGAGCCCACUUAUGCCCGGCAAGCGUUUCCAUGCUUCGACGAGCCGAACAUGAAAGCCCAAUACAUCGUCCACCUUUUGAAGCCGAAAGAGGAAAACUAUAUCGCUUUGUCCAAUUACCCGGUGGAUAAAAUUGAUGAUUACGACUCUACAAACGAGCUGGUUACUUUCAAGCAGACUGUAUCGAUGUCCACCUAUUUAACGUGUUUUAUUGUCUCCGACUUCACUUAUACGAAUACGACUUUUAAUAAUAGCGGCAAUCUAACUGAGCUGCGAGUGUAUGCCAGUCCGGGGAAUUUACAGAAGACUACUUAUGCUGGCGAAGUGGCCAAGAAAGUAAUUGAGUAUUACGUGGAAUAUUUCGGAAUUCCAUAUCCUUUACCAAAGCUAGAUUUGGUGGCAAUCCCUGAUUUCGUCUCCGGCGCAAUGGAACAUUGGGGCUUGGUGACUUUCCGAGAAACCGCUUUGCUUUAUACCGACACGACGCACUCGUCCGCCAAUAAACAGCGAGUGGCCACAGUGGUUGCUCACGAAUUGGCCCAUAGUUGGUUCGGAAAUUUGGUAACAAUGAACUGGUGGAACGACCUCUGGCUCAAUGAGGGAUUCGCCAGCUACAUAGAAUUUAAGGGAACGCACGCAGCACAGCCUGACUGGCAAAUGCAGUCGCAAUUUCAAACAUCCGAUCUUCACAGCGUGUUGACUUUGGAUGCCACCUUGUCCUCACAUCCGAUUGUGGUUUCUGUAACUACCCCAGAUGAAAUUACAGCUAUUUUCGACGCUAUUUCCUACAACAAGGGGGCAUCCAUUUUGCGAAUGUUGGAAAAUACAGUGGGCGAAGAGCAAUUCCGGACUGGCGUCACCAGCUACUUGAACAAGUACAAAUUUGGAAAUGCUGAGACCAAGAACUUUUUAGCGGAAAUUCAAGCAGCGGUGAGUCCCAGUUUCGAUGUAUCCCAGUUGAUGGAUACUUUCACGAUUCAAAUGGGGUAUCCGGUGGUCAAUGUAACGUACGACGCUGCUAAACAUAGCUACACAUUGACCCAAACGCGAUUUUUAAUGGAUGAUAACGCCACUUAUGAGACAAACAACACAUAUGGGUAUAAAUGGACGAUACCCAUAACAUAUAUUACCGAUCUGGGAAAAUCGAGCGAAUUAAUAUUAUUCCCUUAUGACAAGGAAAGCAUUUCUGUUUCAAGACCUACAGAUGCUGCUUGGUUGAAAUUCAACUAUGACCAAAUUGGCUACUAUCGAGUGAACUAUAAAGAAGAACAAUGGCGCAAUCUGAUCAAUGUCUACACAAGUUUGCCUAUAGCAGAUCGAACUCAUCUGUUGGAGGAAACGUUCAGCAUUGCUGAAGCUGGACAGUUGUCCUAUACAAUUCCCUUGGAUUUGUCCAAGAAACUCAGCGAAGAGACUGAUUAUGCUCCUUGGACCGUGGCCUCGUCAAAGUUACAAGGAAUUAGCACCUACUUGAGUGGAUCUAAUCAAGAUGAGGCAUUCAAGAAAUACAUCAGAAGCGUCGUAUCGAAUGCCUAUGGCAACUUUACGUGGAAUGAGGGAGCUGAUGACGGCCACCUGAAGAGGUUGACUCGCAUAGUUGUUUUGACUUUGGCUUGCACAGCAGAACAUCCAGAUUGCCUUUCACAAGUCCAGGAAAAGUUCAACGAAUGGAUCAACAAUGCGGCGCAACCUUUGUCGCAAGACCUGAGGGGAAUUGUCUAUAAAUACGGAAUGGUAAAAGCUGAAGAAUCGACGUGGAAUAAACUGUUGGCAGUUUAUCAAGCUGAAACCGAUGCAACCGAGAAAUUGAAGCUGAUCAAUGGAUUGGCCAACGUGAAAAAUUCACUGCUACUUAUCAGACUGUUGGAUUUAUCCAAAAACGAAACUAUUGUGAGAAGCCAGGAUUAUUUCACCGUACUUGGGUACAUUUCUGCAAACCCCACUGGCACUGAUCUGGUGUGGGACUUUGUCAGGCAAAACUGGGAAUAUUUAGUGGAGCGAUUUACGUUGAACGACAGGUACUUGGGAGCGAUGAUCCGGACGAUUACUGCCAAGUUUGCAACCGAAUCAAAACUAUUAGAGAUGGAGGAAUUCUUUGCCAAAUACCCGAACGCUGGUGCAGGCGCAACCGCGCGGAAAACAGCUUUAGAGACUGUGAAACACAACAUAAAGUGGUUGUCCACCUACAGAUCCACAGUGGAAAGCUGGAUCUCUAAUGUGAAUAAGUGAUAAAAGUAUUUUAAUAAAUAAGUACAAUUUUGUAAAUUUUUCUUUCCAUUAUUGUGAUCCUGUUGAUAAUAAAGGUGAAAAUCCACAAACGAA